AUGGAGAGCACCUCGUUUGAGUUAAGACCGCAAGGUCAAGUACCAAUAUAUCCUCUCACAUUGGGUGAACGGCUUGCACAUGCGGAUAAUUAUCGUAUCGAUCAUGAAAAUCUAGAGAAGACUCGUGAAAGUAUUCGGAAGUUUUACCGUAGCGUCUAUGCAUCACAACACACCGGUGACCAUAAGACUUGCGAGAGAUGUAUUGGAAUAAAUCGUCAAAUGCGCAAAGCUUAUGAGGAUUGGUAUCUUUCAGAAGAGCCGAAUCGCUGGUACUCCAAACUUUUUGACUAUAAGGAAGAAUUACAGUCGAUGUUUAAAAAACCUGAAAUCUACAGUCUCGCCGAUAUCCACAAGAGAGCAGACCAGGAGCUCCGGGCGCAUCUGAAGAAAGAUAUUUGUGCACACAGACCAGGCGAUAGCGAAGACGUUGCUGAGUUCAAGGACCGUACUGCAAUGGAACUGGACGAAGGGAGAGAUAUCUCAAAAGUUCUGACGGCUUACCUGACUGACCAAAUCAAGUGGUGCCCACUGUCUGAUCGAGUAGACUUUGUCCUUCGCCUCAACGACACUACAUCUAAUGAAGAACGGAUUCCAAUUUACAUCGCUUAUUACUGUAGUCCGUUAGAAUCGGAUUCCACUAGCAUACGGAACUUCAAAAACAAAUAUGCGCGUAUAUUUGAAAGUGGCGUUCCCCACGAUGAGGUUGUUGCCGCCAUGAAGAAAGAGGGUGCUCGUUCGAAGGAAACCGAAAUGGCACAUCUCCAACACCGUCUGAAUGAGCUCAACCUCGCACAAUCUGCUCACCUCAAGGCAAAAGCAAAGAAAGCCGAGAAAGAUUCCCUCAAAUACCAACAUUAUCAGGAGGUAGUAAAGCAGAGUAAAGCACUUUGUGCCUAUGAUGGCUGUGAUGAAGACGUGGACUUGACCGUACCCAACGGGGCAAUACAGUGUGUUUUAUGCGAUUGGAUUGCUUCAAAAGUUCCAGAAGACAGAGAUCAUAAAAGACACUACUAUUGCUGUCCUGAUCAUGCGCUUUUGGAUCAUGAAGUACACGAUAACGCAAAUCACUACUGUCUGAGUGCCCAUUGGAAAGAUCGUUGUCUUACGGACUUAGGCGCCGGUGAAAAUGAAGGCUAUGAUGGAAUGGGGUUGUGUAAAGUCUGCUUGAUAAGUGGACACAAGGCUCUCUUCUGCUCCCAGGAGUGUUACGAGAAGAACUACAAUCAACAUGCUGCGGAGUGGCACACGGAUGAGAAUGCACAGAACUCGCUAGAGGUUUUCAGGAUGCCGGAUGAUUUAAUAAUCGAGGAUGUUGUUGAUGAUCCUGGAAUAGAGAGUGGCGAGGUGGAGGAUACGGAGAUGCAGGGCAUCUAG